CUAAUGUUUGUAACGAGGCGGCGCUGAUCGCAGCGCGUUAUCGUAAGGACUGGGUAUCUGAAGAACAUUUUGAAAAAGCUAUUGAACGUGUAAUAGCAGGUUUGGAGAGAAAGUCUCGAGUACUUUCUCCAGAGGAAAAGAAAACCGUAGCAUAUCAUGAGGCAGGGCACGCUGUUGCGGGAUGGUUCCUUGAACACGCAGAUCCUUUGCUAAAAGUAUCAAUCAUUCCCCGAGGUAUCGGAGCACUUGGAUAUGCACAAUACUUGCCAAAAGACCAGUAUUUAUAUUCAACAGCACAAUUGCUAGAUCGUAUGUGUAUGACGUUGGGUGGACGAGUUUCAGAACAGAUCUUUUUUAAUAUAGCUACUACCGGUGCUCAAGAUGAUUUGCAAAAAGUCACAAAGAUGGCAUAUGCGCAAGUAUCGGUUUACGGCAUGAACUCUAACGUAGGCCCUUUAUCUUUCCAUAACCCAAAUGAAACUGAACCACAAUUUCAGAAACCAUAUUCUGAAGAGACAGCCAAAAUGAUUGAUGAAGAGGUUCGUAAAUUAGUAUCAUUAGCUUAUGAAAGAACAUUGGAACUACUAACAGAAAAAAAGAAAGAUGUUGAGAAGGUAGCGCAACUUUUAUUAUCAAAAGAAGUACUAAAUAGAGAAGAUAUGAUUUCGUUAUUGGGAAAAAGACCAUUCGCAGAAAAGAAUCCAUAUGAUGAUUAUGCAAAGGAAGAAAACAAAGAAAACACAAAAUUACCACCACCAUCAGAGAAAGGAGGUCACGCACAGCCAUCACAAUUGCACUCAGAGAACUGA